GAAGCUCGGUCAUCCGGGAGGAUCUCAGAGUAGAGCCGCUGCUCCUCCGCAUUGAGGGAGUCAGAUGAGGUGGCUGGGGCAUCUGAUUCGGAUGCCUCCCGGACGCCUCCCCGGUGAGGUGUUCCGGGCACGUCCCACCGGGAGGAGACCCCGGGGACGACCCAGGACACGCUGGAGAGACUACGUCCUUCGGCUGGCCUGGGAACGCCUCGGGAUCCCUCCGGAAGAGCUGGAUGAAGUGGCUGGGGAGAGGGAAGUCUGGGCGUCCCUGCUAAAGCUACUGCCCCCGCGACCCGACCCUGGAUAAGCGGUAGAAAAUGGAUGGAUGGAUGGAGGUCCCAGAAUAACCCAAUCAAUCCAUGAUCGUGUUCUUUUAGUCACGACUGACAGCUCAUAACCAUAGGUGCGGGUAAGAACGUAUAUUGAUCGGUAAAUCGAGAGCUUUGCAUUUCGGUUAAAUCCUUCUUUACCAUGACAGACCGAUACAGAGUCCACAUCGCUGCAGACGCCGGGCCGAUCCGCCAGUUGAUCUCCCGCUCCAUUUUUACCCCACUUGUGAACAAGACACCAAGAACUUCUCCACUUGGGGCAGGAUCUCAGUGCUGAUUUAGAGAUUACACUCCACCCUUUUCCGAAUGAGGACUAUGGUUUUAGAUUUGUAGGUCCUGAUUUUCAUCCCAACUGCUUCACACUCGGCUGCGAACCACUCCAGCAUAUGUUAAAGGUCGUGGUUGAUGAAGCCAACAGAACCAUAUUAUCUGCAAAAAGCAGAGAAGCAAUGCUGAGGCCACCAAACCGGACCCCUUCCACGCCUUGGCUGUGCCUAGAAAUGCUUUGCAUAAAAGUUACAGGCAGAAUCAGCAAAGAGAGCCACAUUCCGCUUGGCCUGCUGGUACCCAUCAGCUGCCUACCGAAUCCCACAGGCCAAAAAGGCUUGAUAAGACUCCUUCUUCAGCUUGACGGCAUCCCUCACCGAUGGUGUCCACCAACGUAUUAGCGGGUUGCCGCCACCUUAUGACCAGCUUCAUUUGGACGCCUCAACAAUGGAGGCACAGAACAAGGCCCACUCGGACUCAGUGUCCCUCACCUCUCAUGAGACAUGGUCGAAGUCCUGCCAGAGGUCGUAGUUGAAACACCUUCUUACAGGGGACUCCGCCAGAUGUUCCUAGCACACCCUCACAGCACAUUUGGGUCUGCCAGGAUGGACCAGCAUCUUCCCCCACCAUUGGAGCCAACACACCACCAAGUGGUGAUAAGUUCACAGCUACGCCUCUCUCUUCACCUGGGGGUCCAAGACGUGUCUACAAGUCCAAUGACACGACCACAAAAUCAAUCAUUGAACUGCGGCUUUGGGUGUCCUGGUGCCAAGUGCACCCUUAUUUUUUAACGUGGUGUUGGUUGUGGACGAUCCAUGACGAGCACAGAAGUCUAUUCACUGAACACUGCUCGGGGGCCAGAUCACACCCCUCCAGGUCUCACUGUCAAGCCCGUGUGAGUGUCGAAGUCCCCCAGAAGAAUCAGGGAGUCCCCAGUAGGAGGGCACUCCAGCACCCCGUCCAAAGACUCCAAGAGGGGUGAGUACUCUGAGCUGCUGUUUGGUGCAUGGGCACAAGCAAGUUAGUAUCCAUCCCCACCACUUAAAUGCGAAGGAGGCUACCCUCUUGUCCAAAGGGGUAAACCCCCAAUAUACAGGCACCAAGACUUGGAGCAAUAAGUGUGCCCACACCUGCUCGGCGCCUUUCACCAGGGCAACUCCAGAGUGGGAGAGAGUGCACCCCCUCUCAAGAGGCCUUGUAUCAGAGCCCAAGCUGUGUGUGGAGGUGAGCCCAAAUACAGUAUAUCUAGUUGGAACUUCUCUACCUUGUACACCACCUCAGGCUUCUUCCCUGCCAGAAAGGUGAUAUUGAUGUCCCUAGAGGCAGCUUCUGUAACGGAGGAUUGGACCGCCAAGGGCCUUUCCUUCAGCUGCCACCCAGCUCUCUAAGAUGCGUUUAUGCAAUCUGCAUUGACACAAACCUCCCAAUAGCAAAAAGGGAAAAAAAUGUGCAAGAGACAAAUUUUGCCCUGAUGUCAAUGAAAGUCUGCGUCGUGUGCGAUGACAGAUACAGUAUAUGGCCAGAGAAUGUUUUGAAGGUGACAUGUCAAAGUUUGUUGAAAAGCAAUACUAUUUGAUCAGACAUUAAUUUGGGAAGGCCAUCAUAUCAUUUUACAUUUAGUUGACCCUCAAUAUUGAUAGGAUCGCGUUGAAACGGACAAGCCAUGUUUGCAUGGUGAAGCAGCAUUUAGCUAUUAUGCUGUACACAAAUGGAAUAAGUUGCCAACAGAAGUGACGUCCGCCCCAAGUAUGCAUGUUUUUAAGUCCAGGUUAAAAACUCUUCUUUUUUCCCCCCCAUGCUUUUUAGAGCAUUUCCACUUUUAAAUGAUAUGUUUUGCACUGUGUGCUGUUUUAAUUGUAUUUUUAUUUUUUCUCUUUGUUUUAAAUGUUUAUAAGCUGGGUUCCCCCCCCCCCAUUUGUUUUUAAUCAUGUAAAGCACAUUGCGUUACCUUGUGUAAGAAAUGCGCUAUAUACAUACGUUUGCUUUGCUUUGCACCGGGUGGAAGGAGAUGGUAGUAAGUCCGAAUUUAGCAAACAAAACCUGCUAUGGAGGAGGUUAGGUUCACCAAGUCCAUUUCCGUGGUGACUGAGUUCAGAAUUUCUCUUCUCUUUUUGAACUGGAUAAUUCAGACUUUCCCUCAUCUCAAUGUUAACUUGCUUUUGAGUUUUCACAUAACCUGCUUGCUGAACGCCCCCCACCAGUAUUGCUUUACCUCCAGUGCUAAAUAUGCAGUUAACUUUUUCAUUCAGUGUUAAAAACAAAAAUCACAAUUCAGCUGGAAAUACUUCGCUCUACGAUAAAUUCAUCUUUGCCUGUAGGAUCCCAGAGGCAUUGCAAUGACAUGCCUGGCAGGCCAGCAAUGUACUGUGUGAACCCUCUGUACUGAAAAGCAUAUACAGUAUAAGUAUUAAGUAUAAAACAGUAUACGUUUUAUAAUCAGGUAUGUACUUUAUAUGUCAGAGCAUUUUGUAUUUUACUUUCAUUUACAUCAGUUGACAACACUUUUUGUAUGUGUGGUCCUUCUAUGUGCAUAUUGCAUAAGGUGUACUUUAUUGAGGAAAAGCCUCAUUUCUUUUGGGGACAUGGUAAUUCAUAGUUUAACUGUCAAUAAAGUUUUAAGAGGCCAAAGAGCAUUUUAAAGAAUGAUGGUGCAAUCACAUUUCAAAAUGGAUUCUUUUAUGUCCACGUGCUUUGAACACUGACCCCAUAAAACAUAACAAUGGUUAAUUUUUUUCCACGCAAUUUUCCUUCCCACUACUAUUUGGCAGUUGCCAGCAGGGCUUAAAGAGCAGUGGGCGGGGCACUUUGUUCACCAUCAUCUUAUUGGAUAACGACGAGAACAGGAAAUGAUCCGGUCCAGUCAAAUCUACCAACUAUGGGCUGUCGAGGACACGCAUUCAGCUGUCCCUCAAAGUUGACUGGCCACGGAUAAUUAUCUUCUGCCAUCACAUUUCCAAUAUGUCUACAGUCAAGGAAACCGCUGCCGCCUGCCUCUCAGAAUCCACAAUCUGCUCGGGUGCUAACUGCCUUGUCCCAACCACGGACUUUAAUGCAUUACUGAGUCUAAUAUUGAGCACUGUGCUCACUAUCAUGCUGGCUAUGGUCAUGUUUUCCAUGGGCUGCACUGUGGAGGCCCAAAAACUUUGGGGACACGUGAGGAGACCCUGGGGCAUCAUUAUUGGUUUCCUCUGCCAAUUUGGCAUUAUGCCUUUUACUGCCUUUGCCUUGUCACUUGCUUUCAAUGUGUUGCCUGUUCAGGCCAUUGUCAUAAUUAUCAUGGGUUGCUGUCCCGGAGGCUCCGGUUCCAAUAUUAUUUGCUACUGGCUAGACGGAGACAUGGACCUAAGUAUCAGUAUGACAGCCUGUUCCUCCAUCCUGGCCUUGGGAAUGAUGCCACUAUGUCUUCUCAUAUACACCUCCGCCUGGACGUCUUCAGACACCAUCCAAAUCCCAUAUGACAGUAUUGGUAUCACGCUUGUGGCACUCCUUGUCCCAAUCAGCGUGGGAAUGUAUGUGAAACGCAAAUGGCCCCACGUGGCGAAAAAGAUCCUCAAGUUUGGGUCCAUUACAGGCUUUGGUCUCAUUCUCAUCAUUGCUGUGGUUGGUGGAAUUCUUUACCAGUCUUCCUGGACCAUUGCCCCCUCGCUUUGGAUAAUCGGAACUAUCUACCCCUUUAUUGGUUUUGGGCUGGGCUUCCUUCUGGCCCGCUUUGUGGGUCAACCAUGGUACAGGUGCCGAACCAUUGCUUUGGAGACCGGUUUUCAGAACUCCCAGUUGUGUAGCACCAUUGUCCAGCUGUCCUUCAGUCCCGCUGAACUGGAGGUCAUGUUUGCGUUCCCCCUUAUCUACAGCAUCUUUCAGCUGUUGGUGGCAGUCCUGUUCGUGGGAGGAUACCAAGCCUAUAAACGGUCAUGUGGCCUGGGAUCAGUCGAAGCAGACAGUGAAUCGCCGUCAUUCGAAGAUGGCUAUGCAGAACGAGCGAAAGAGAAGCGCUGUCAUGUGGAAAAUAGCCCUGUCGAGUCGAACGAGGAUCCUAUUAAUAAGGGCAAGAACACCAAGCUCUGAGAUUCUGCCUCUGAUGACUUUGUACUUAACAAAAUGUUCUCCACAAGCAGGGCAAUGCUGCCGGACGCACCAAACUGUGCAGGCCAGGCACAAUUGAAAUCGAUUUGACAUUUUUGAGGGAACCUCUGAUUAGCGGGUUACCCAAAUGAAUGGCGAGGAGUAUAUUAGUGUUUUUGGAGAGGCACCACUUUCCAUUCUCAGACCAAGUGUGAACAAUCACCAUUUAUUUAUAGCAUCUUAGAUAAAGAGCUUUUCAGUUAUAUUACAGUAUAUAUAUAGAUAUAUAUUUUCCGUUAUUUGACUCGAUGUAUACCUCAUAUUUGUUCAUAAAUUGAUGACUGACCUCAGGCAUACCUUACAUUUAUUUGACUGCUCAAUUUUUCGGAGCAAUAUUGAUUUUCACUUCUAAUGUAUUUGUCCAAUGCACAUGUAUUCAAUGUUCGAUCCGAUCACAAGAUGGAGGAAUCUGUCUAUUUAAAUGACAUGAUCAUUUACUGUAUAUACUUGUGUACUUAAU